AUGAAACAACUUCACAUUUUACUUCUUCCUCUAAUGGCUCACGGACAUACUCUCCCAACAAUACACAUGGCCAAGCUUUUCUCCUCCAAGGGUCUCAAAUCCACCAUCAUUACCACCUCUGCAUUUUCCACUGCAGUCGAAAAUGUUGCCCGCGACGAUGAUUACGUCGCCUCAAUUGUAAUAAAAUUCCCUCCCCCGGAAUCCGGCUUGCCCAAUCACAUAUCGAGCCUUGAUCAGCUCGCCUCCGACGACCUAAUCAACCACACUUUCAAGUCCCUCUCUUUACUCGAAAAACCCGUCGAAGAUAUCCUCGAAAAUCUCCGUCCGGAUUGUCUUGUUUCCGACAUGUUCUUUCCAUGGACCACCGAUUCGGCUGCAAAAUUCGGGAUUCCCCGAGUUGUCUUCCACGGGACAUCCAACUUCUUCCUAUGCGCUUCCAUGGCCAUGAGGCGCCGCAAGCCUUUCAACAAUGUGUCAUCCGAUGACGAGCCAUUUAUUGUCCCCGAUCUCCCUCAUGACAUAGAAUUUGUUCGGACACAAGUCCCCGAAUAUGUCGUCGAGGAGGAAAUAAAUCACCGUGGUAGCAUCUUCGCCGAGCUGACGCCUUUGGUAAUGGAUACCGAUGCUCGAAGCUUCGGAGUUUUGGUGAAUAGCUUCUACGAGUUGGAGCCCGAUUACGUCGAUCAUUAUAGACAGGUCUUGGGAAGAAAAUCAUGGAACAUAGGACCCCUUUUGUUAGCCAGAGAAGAAGAAGAAGAAGCACGUGCACGUGCAUCACGUGAGUGGUACUGGGCAUGGCUGGAGUCCAAGAAUCCCAAAUCAGUCGUAUACGUCUGUUUCGGGAGCCUUGGAAGGUUUGCACAAACUCAGCUGCGAGAACUUGCAAAAGGGCUUGAAAUUUCAGGGCACAAUUUCAUUUGGGUUGUAAGAAAAUUACAUAAACACAAUAAUAAUAAUAAUAAGAAUUGGGUGCCUGAAGAGGGUUUUGUAGAAAGGACCAAAAACAGGGGGGUGAUUAUAAGGGGGUGGGCCCCCCAAGUGGCAAUUCUUGAUCAUCCUUCAGUGGGGGCUUUUGUGACGCACUGUGGAUGGAAUUCGGUGGUGGAAGGGAUCUGUAGUGGGGUGCCUAUGGUGACGUGGCCCCUCUUUGCAGACCAGUUUUACAAUGAGAAAUUGGUCACUAGGGUUCUCAGAAUUGGGGUUUCUGUUGGGAAUAAGAAAUGGAAGCAGCUCGGGAACGACGGCGGCGUCGCGGCGGAGGCGGUGGCGGCGGCGGUGGACGCUGCCGUGUCGGAGGUGGAGAUCAGGCGGAGGGCUGAGUGGUACAAGGAGAUGGCGAGAAAGGCUGUUGGAGAAGGAGGCUCGUCUUGGAAUGAUCUCGAGUGUUUCCUAAGUCAAUUAACUCAAUUAGCAACGCCAAAAUAAAUAAAUAAUCUUUAGAGGAGCAUUUGGUCGAAAUACUUAGAUUAAUAAAUUAUAAUAUUAUUUUAUUAUUUUUUUAUAUGAAUGAAAUGAUUGUAUUUUAAAUAUUUUUAGAAUUAUAUAU